GCCAGGGCUCGGGUGAUCCCAUGACUUCAAUUUUGUGAGGUACUCUAUCAAAUCACAUAAGAUCAGAAAUGGAUUUUUCAAACUUAUGCCGAAUGCCGUGGACCCUUAUCGGCUGUCACUUUACUGCAGAAGCCACAGGCACCGCUCCACUGACGUUCUGCCAUUCAUGCAAACCUCCGCCAAUCUGAAUCUUCCACUGUCCACAAAUAUGGGCCAUAAUGACCCCAACCCAGGCCCAGAAUGUCUAAUCUCUGGUACCGCCGAUGAAUCCUGAUUCGCUCCCCCACACUCGCUGCUCCACCGUCGUCGCGGAGACCUUCUCGAUUGGGUAGGUCAGAUAGCACAUCUAUCUUAUCGCUGUCAAGCCUUCGGCCGGCUAUCGUCGAACCAACGCCUCCUCCAUGGGGUCACCCUUCCCAACCGGGAAGUUCCUGAAGUAUAGCCAUGGGUUUUUUAAAAGGGAGUGGUGUCCCUGGUGGCAACUCACGCACCUGUUGCCUAGGUAUUGCAUCUUCAAGCAUUAAGACGAGACACGAACUAUGACCAUGGCGAAGGAGGAUCAGCAAGUCUUUUCAGAAUCAACGGGGGAAGAUGCUCGUCUGGAAAACCUCGGCUAUGAGCAGGAGCUCAAGCGAACCUUUGGCUUGUUGGGUAUGAUUGGUUUCAGCUUCAGCGUGGUUACCUCAUGGACGGCUCUAAGCGGUGUUUUCAUCGUCGGCGUCACAUCCGGUGGCCCCCCGGUCAUGGUGUUCAGUUUCAUUGGCGUGAGCCUUCUCACAUUGGCAGUUGCCAUUCCAAUGGCAGAAAUGUGCUCGAUGUAUCCGGUUGCAGGAGGUCAAUACUCCUGGGUUGCGGCUUUGGCGCCUCCGAGUAUCGCUCGAGGACUGUCUUACAUUAGUGGCUGGUUCAUGCUCAUCGGUAUCCUCGCUAUGGGAGCAACGAAUAACUCUAUCGCAGCCAACUUCGUACUCGGCAUGGCCAAUCUGGUCUUCCCCGAUUACACCAUCGAGCGUUGGCAUACUGUCCUGGUAGCUUAUCUAGUGGCAUUCCUGGCGACAGCAAUCAAUAUCUGGGGUCCGCACCUCCUGCAUCGCAUCUCCCGAUUCAUCCUGAUUUGGAACGUCGGUUCCUUCCUGAUAACCACGAUCGUUCUCUUAGCCACAAAUGACCACAAGCAACCCGCAUCAUUUGUGUUCUCCGAGUUCCAAAAUUUCUCAGGCUGGGGAUCCUCAAUGGCAGCCAUCGUAGGUAUUCUGCAAGCCUGUUUCGGGAUGUGCUGCUACGAUGCCCCCUCACACAUGACUGAAGAAAUGAAGUCAGCUUCGAAGGAAGCUCCUAAGGCUAUCAUUCUCUCGGUUGUCCUCGGUGCUGUCACAGGAUUUGCCUUCCUGUUGACGCUCUGCUUCUGCAUCGGUGAUAUCAGCAACACUGCGAACACAAGCACCGGCGUACCUGUCAUCCAGAUCUUCUAUGAUUCUACAGGAAGUAAAGUCGGCACAUGUUUCUUGACAAGUAUGAUUGCCAUCAUCGUCAUAGUGGCCGGAAACAAUCUAUUAGCGGAGGGAUCUCGCUCGGUGUAUGCCUUUUCCCGAGACCACGGCCUUCCCUUCUCGCAUGUUUUCUCCAGAGUGGACAGCAGGCGACAUGUGCCGGUCAACGCCGUGCUCCUUACUCUCGUCGUGCAACUUGCUUUGGAUGCAAUUGACUUCGGUACAACCACCGGCUUCCAAACAGUCAUUGCUAUCUCCACCGAGGGAUUCUAUCUUUCCUACGCUAUGGCUCUAUUCAGUCGUCUCCUCGGCUUUAUUACCGGCCAUAAGACACAUUUGAAAGGCCCCUUCGCCCUCCCCCAGUCUAUGUCUAUCGCUCUUAACAUCCUGGGUCUCCUAUUCCUACUCUUUGCGGCCAUCACAUUCAACUUCCCGACCGACUACCCUGUUACGCAUGAAUCUAUGAACUAUACCUCCGCAGCGAUUGGGGUCAUUGGUUUGAUCAGUGCGGUGACAUGGAUAACUACUGGUAGGAAGCAAUUCACCGGACCGCAAGCCAUGAGUGUGCUGAAUGGGCAUGAGAGGGAAGCGAGUGUGAGUGGCGAGAUGGUUAAGAAAGGGUAGAUUUUGUAUCUUGUCAAGUACGGAUCUUUUUAUUCUCUAUUAUAGUUGAUUUUACCUUUCAUACUAUUUCUCUGGCAUCAUAGAUUAUUUUAGCGCCUUUUACUUUAAGAAUUACUAUAUUUAUUGGUCUAUACUG